CUGGGGGGGCGGCCCGCUCUGGGGGCUGGCGUGUCUUUCCCCGCCCGAGGAGGCUGGAGGCACCUGCACGGGACCCGAGAGCUGCUGGGUACGCCUGGUAUUAAAGUUCUCAUGCCUGCACUUUCUCCUACAAUGGAAGAAGGAAACAUUGUGAAAUGGUUAAAAAAGGAAGGUGAAACAGUGAAUGCUGGAGAUGCAUUGUGUGAAAUUGAAACAGACAAAGCAGUGAUUACCAUGGAAUCAAGUGACGAUGGCAUAUUGGCUAAAAUAAUGGUGGAAGAAGGAAGCAAAAAUGUACGCUUGGGCUCACUAAUCUGUCUGCUGGUAGAGGAAGGACAGGACUGGAAGCAAGUUGAAAUACCAGCUGAUGGUAGUGAUCCAUCUUCUCUGGCUCCUCCAGCACCUGUGCUCACCUCAACUCCUGCAGGUCCUUCAGUUUCAGCCCCUCCUAAACUGGAACAUCAACCUGGAAAACUGCAGGUUCGCUUAAGUCCUGCAGCUCGCAACAUUCUGGAGACGCAUGGGCUAGAUCUAAGCAAUAUUACGCCUUCUGGGCCUCGAGGAAUCUUCACUAAAGAGGAUGCUCUCAAACUUCUGCAAGAGAAGCAGAAGGGCAGACCCAGUGAGUUGAAACCUGUGGUUUCUCCAGCUCCUCCCCAGCCUACUGCAGUGCCUUCUGCUUCACAAGCAACAGCUGUGACUUCUGCUUAUCCAAGGCCAGCAGUUCCACCAGUUUCCACACCAGGACAACCUGCUGCACUGGGCACAUUCACAGAAAUCCCAGCUAGCAACAUCCGAAGAGUUAUUGCUAAGAGAUUAACAGAGUCUAAAACUACUAUACCUCAUGCAUAUGCUGCUGCUGACUGUGACAUUGAUGCUAUUUUGAAAUUAAGAAAAGAAUUGGCCAAAGAUGACAUUAAAGUAUCUGUAAAUGAUUUUAUUAUCAAGGCAACUGCAGUUACUCUGAAGCAAAUGCCAGAUGUGAACGUAACCUGGGAUGGAGAAGUCUGCAGGCAGCUGCAGUCCAUUGACAUUUCUAUUGCUGUGGCAACAGACCGAGGUCUCAUUACACCAAUCAUAAAAGAUGUUGCUGCCAAGGGAAUAAAGGAAAUUGCUGCCUCUGCAAAGGCUCUAGCAAAGAAAGCAAGAGAUGGAAAACUGUUACCGGAAGAGUAUCAGGGAGGAUCUUUUAGUAUCUCCAACCUGGGCAUGUUUGGCAUCAAUGAUUUCACUGCAGUCAUAAACCCUCCACAAGCCUGCAUCCUAGCUGUGGGCCGAGCAAGACCAGAGCUCAAGAUUGUGGAAGAUGAAGAAGGGAAUGAGAAACUUAAGCAGCAUCAACUCAUGACAGUGACUCUUUCAAGUGAUGGUCGGGUGGUAGAUGAUGAACUGGCUUCAAAGUUUCUGGAGACCUUGAAAGCCAACAUAGAGAAUCCAAUGCGACUCGCCCUUUCUUAAACUUGGUGAAGAUUGCUUCUUGUUUUGACAACAUAGAUAACUGUUAUGUACUUGUUUUUGUUCUUCUAUAUAGAGGAGUAAAUAGUUACUGUGAGAUGGACAGUUAAAAUAUUUAACUUAUUGAAUUAUCAUGAAAAACUAUUAAUUUUUGUGCUUUUAGUCUUUUGCGAUGACCAGGUUUUAUACUGUAAAGCUAAAAGACUUUAAAGUUAACAUACUACAUUUCUUUAAACACUUAGUACUAAUGGCAUAUAGCGUUUGUGUAGAAAAGUCAAUUUCUUCUGUAAAGGAAAAUUCAAGAAAACUUUAUUAAAGUUCAAAGGGAAUCAUAAAAUAGUUUGGGUUGGAAGGGACAUUUCAAGGUCAUCUAGUCCAUUCUCCAUUGCAGUGAGCAGGGACAUCUUCAACUAGAUCAAGUUGCUCAGAGCCCCGUCCAGCCUGACCUUGAAUGUUUCCCGGGAUGGGGCAUCUACCACCUUUCUGGGCAACCUGUGCCAGUGACUCACCACCUUCAUAAUAAGAAAUUUUCUUCCUUAUAUCUAGGCUAAAUCUACCCUCUUUCAGUUUAAAACCAUUGCCCCUUGUCCUAUCGCAACAGGCCCUGCUAAAAUGUUUGUCCCCAUCUUUCUUAUAAGCCCCCUUUAAGUACUGAAAGGCCCCAGUAAGGUCUCCCUGGAGCCUUCUCUUUUCCAGGCUGAACAACCCCAACUCUCUCAGCCUGUCCUCAUAGGAGAGGUGUUCCAGCCCUCUGAUCAUUGUUGUGGCCUUCUCUGGACCUGCUCUAACAGGUCCAUGUCUUUCCUGUGCUGAGGACUCCAGAGCUGGAUGCAGUACUCCGGGGGGGGGGUCUUGUGCUGAGAUGGAAUGCUUUAUUUAAGAGCUUAAUAUCUAGCUUUUCGAGUGAGGAAAGGAAGAAUCGUAAUUGACCAAAGUGCUUCUGUGAGUCCUGGUCAAUACUGAGAUAAUUGAGUACCUAAAUUAUGUUGCUGCAGUAGAAAGUUUUUCAGUUUUCAGAAGACUUUUCUGGCAUGUUGUGACAUCCAAAUUAGAUUGAAACAAGGUUUCUAAGAUUUUUGACAGAUAUUUCAAUGGCUUCCUACAUAAGAGCAAAGACCUUACAAACCAAAAUUUUUGCUUUAAUUUCAUUUACAUCACAGAUUUAACUGUUACUUUCUCCUUUACUAUAAGCUACAUUGAAGAAAACAAGAUGACUGUGGAGAUGAACAGGGAAAAGAAAUGACAGGAAAUUCUGAGACUAAAUUAAUCAUAGAUAAAAAAGUAAUUUCUCAAAAUAUUAAGUAAUCUGUUAAAAUCCACAGCUUCAUUCGUAUAAUUAGACCUCAUUAAAACACAUUUAAAUUUUAGGUGCAUCUGUUUUUUUCUGGUAUUUUAAGAUAACUGUGUGAUUUAAUGCCUUGCAGAGGGGUAGAGAGGAGAAUAAACUUGUCUGAAUAAAUGCAUUCUCCGUAAAGGAUGGAACGUCAGUGUCAUUGAUUUCCAGUUUUUGAUGGAACCAACGUUCAGUGAAAACAACAUUUUGUGGGGAAAAAAAAAUUAAUUAAUGAUAGGUUUUCUUUGACUUAAUUUGGAGACUAUUACAUUUUUUGAAUUUAGAAGUCGCCCCAACUCAGAUAUUUUCUUCAGUACCACAAAAUAUAAAAAAAAUACUUUUUUCAGGUGCUCUGUGAUAUGUUGUGGUUAACUUAAAACCCAAGUUAACUGUGCCAGCAGUAUUGUGAUGAAGAACUGGCCUCUUAAUCUCGUAGAGGUUCCAGUAUGAAAGGUCAUAUUUUGCACACUGAAUAUUUGCUGAUUAAUGCUGUUCUUUGCAUGGGUAGAGUAAAGAUGAAAGUAGAAAGUGUUUCAUCAUAUGUGUAUAUUGAAUCAUAACUCAGAGGCUUAUAUGCAGUGGCCUGAAGUUUAAAUUAACAGUAGUAGAUUGCUUUUUUUCUUAUAUAUAAAUAUGGAACCAUGUAUCGUAUGUCUCUGUAAGGAAAUAACUGCAUUUACCGGACUUGGUGAGAAUAUAAAUUGUCAGUAGAAUUCUGGGAGUUUGUCUUAUUCUAGUUUGUGCAAGUAUUUUUUUUAAAGAUUUGGAGGACUUGUUUGCUGAGCUGCUGCCAUAAUUAAAAAAGCUAAUUGCAAGACAAAACCUUUAGCUAAUACUGAGUUGAGAGUUUUUGCUAAACGAGUUUGCUUCUUUGUCUUGUUCUGAUAUCAUAAAUUUCGUAAACUAUUUCUAACAGUAGGGAGAGAUUUUGAUUACCAAAUCUAAUUUACUGUGCAAUAAUGGACAUAUCCAUUCUUUAUUUCUAGGAGUAUCACACUGAUAAAAUUAUACUCAAGAUUGGAUGCU